AUGUUCUAUUUCUUCUUUGAAUCGAGGGGCAACCAGACAGAUCCUGUAGUGAUAUGGCUAACAGGAGGGCCUGGAUGUGGGAGUGAAUUGGCUUUGUUCUAUGAAAAUGGCCCCUUUCACAUAACCAGCAAUUUGUCUUUAUCAUUGAAUGAUUUUGGAUGGGACAAGGUGUCGAAUAUAAUAUUUGUGGAUCAACCAACUGGAACUGGAUUCAGCUAUAGUUCUGAUGAUCGCGACAUUCGGAGCGACGAGGAGGGUGUUAGCAAUGAUCUUUAUAGCUUUUUACAGGCCUUCUUCAAAGAACAUCCUCAGUUUGUGAAGAAUGAUUUUUUCAUUACUGGAGAAUCAUAUGCUGGACAUUACAUUCCUGCUUUGGCCUCCAGGAUUCAUCAAGCAAAUCAAAAAAAUGAAGGAAUUCAUAUCAAUAUGAAGGGAUUUGCCAUUGGAAAUGGACUUACCAAUCCAGCAAUACAAUACAAAGCAUACCCUGAUUAUGCUCUAAAUGCAAAGCUUAUACAACAAGCCGAUUAUGAUAUGUUGCAACAGAAAGUUUCAUUUUGUGAACAAGCAACCAAACCUUGUGGUAAUCAAUCUAAUGCCAAAGAUUCUUGUGAUAAAGCAUACAAUGUUUGUGGCGAGAUUUUCAACGACAUACUCGCAAUUGCUGGCGAUAUAAAUUAUUAUGAUAUAAGGAAGCAAUGUGAGGGGCUAAUGUGCUACGACUUCUCGAAUGUGGAAACAUUUCUAAAUCAAGAUCCUGUUAAAAAAGCUCUCGGCGUGGGGGAUAUCGAGUACGUCUCUUGUAGCACGACAGUUUAUCAGGCAAUGUCUGCCGAUUGGAUGAGAAACCUUGCAGAUGGAAUUCCUAGCCUCUUGGAUCUUGGCAUAAAAGUUUUAGUGUAUGCCGGCGAGUACGAUCUUAUAUGCAAUUGGCUUGGGAAUUGGAGGUGGGUGGAUGAGCUAGUUUGGUCAGGGCAGAAGCAAUAUGCAGCAGCUAAGAAUGGUUCAUUCAUGGUGGAUGGAAAGGAUUUUGGAUUGCAGAAGGGGUUUGGGCCAUUGAGCUUUUUGAAGGUAUACAAUGCAGGUCACUUAGUUCCAAUGGAUCAGCCAAAACCCUCAUUGGAAAUGAUAAGCAGGUGGACUAAGGGAUUGCCCCUUUAA